AUGACAUCAUCACAUUUCUUUUUCCUUAUACUCUGCAUUAUCAUUUCGUCGUACCCAGCUAAUGUCGCUUCGUCCAAGACCACCCCAAUUAAACCUUGGGGAAUAGCCAUCAAGCUCAUCCACCAUGAUUCUAUUCAAUCUCCAUAUUACAAUCCGAAGGUCACCAUCUUCGAGCGAGCUGAACUUGCCAUUAAUGGUUCGCUCGCCCACAUCCGCUCCUUGAGCAAAAUAAUUGCUACUCCAAAUGAUGACGGCGUUCGCGUCGGUCUCAUCCCUGCCAUUGGCCUACACGGUUUCCUUGCCAAUAUAUCCAUCGGUACGCCGCCGGUCCCGCAACUCGUGCAAAUCGACACGGGAAGUGAUCUCUUUUGGUUUCAGUGCCUGCCCUGCACUACUUGCUUCAAACAAUCUCCUCCUCUUUUCGAUCCCGCCAAAUCGUCGACGUACUCCAAUAUUCGUUGCGGUUCCCAAGCUUGCGUACAAUCUGGUGACAAGUGCGAUCCUAAUAAUGAGUAUUGCAUUUACGAGAGGUCGUAUUUUGACAAAUCCACCUCAGCCGGCUCCAAAUUUUCUUACUGCAUCGGCAACAUAAACGACCCGCAGUAUCAAUACAAUGAACUCAGCUUGGGGAACGGGGCGAUCAUGGAAGGUGAUUCUACGACUCUGGAGACUUACAGGGGUUUAUACUAUUUGGACCUCCAAGGUAUUAGCGUCGGAGAGAAGAAGCUACAGAUCGACCCCUUGAAAGUGCAGUGGUGGUUGACAGACUUCAAAUUACCUGUGGAACGUAGGCUGUCACGGGGGGAAGAUCACUGUAUGCAAAAAAUUCAGAAAUUUAUCCAGUUUCAGCUUACAGUUAAUGUUGCAGCUCUUAUUAUAAACGUUGUUGCUGCUGUUUCCUCGUGUGAUGUUCCACUGAAUGCAGUGCAGCUUCUCCGGGUUAAUCUUAUCAUGGACACCCUUGGAGUAUUAGCACUGUCUACCGAGCCUUAA